AGUUUUCUCUCAAAAUUCAUCUUCUUCCUCCUUUCCUCCUCCCUGCUCAUCCUUCUUCUUUCUUCUUCUUAUUCUUUCUUUCUCUCUCUUCUCACUUCUUCUUCCCUUCUCAAACCCAGAUUUGGUUUUUAUCACAUAAAUUUAGGUUUUGCUCAAAUUCUUUUCCGCGCUUUUCUCCUUCCUCCAAUUGCAAUCAAAGAAAUCAAAUGAAGAAAAGAAGCAAAAAUGCAGUCAAGCUCGCAGCAAUACCAUCUUCAAAGCUGACUCGACGAGGUUCUGACAAUAAUGGGAAUUUCUUCAAUCUAUUUGAGGAGUUGGAGGAGAAUGAUAAUGAGGAGGAUGAGUCUGAGAGGACUCUAAGCGAUGGCGAUGGUGGUGGCGGUCAUGGUCUUUCUCACGAUCAUCGUAAUCAUAGUGACGAUCACGCUCAUGAUCAUGCUGGUGAUCGGAUUUCCUCUUCAAUGGACGAAAUGUUGGUUCGAGGUCGCAUGAGUGGCGUUCCACCGAGGAUCUCUCAAAUCAGUGUCGAUGAUGGUCCUAGUGAUGGUCACUGCUUGACGCUGGUGGAUUAUUGCCACAACCCAAAUUUAUGUGAUGAAACCCAGAUCUGGCUUGUAAACCAUGGAGUGAGCUCUUCUUUGUUAGAGAAGGUAAAGAAAGAGAUUCAGGAUUUCUUCAAUCUCCCAAUCGAAGAGAAGAAAAAAUAUUGGCAAUACCCAGGAGAAGUAGAAGGAUUUGGACAGGCCUUUGUUGUGUCUGAAGAGCAAAAACUUGAUUGGGGUGAUCUGUUUUUCAUGACCACCCUCCCACACCAUUUCAGAAAACCCCAUCUGUUCCCUAAGCUGCCUCUUUCUUUCAGAGAUACAUUGGAAAUUUACUCAUUGGAGCUGAAAAAUCUAGCUAUUACCAUUUUAAAAAACAUGGCAAAUGCACUUGGCAUGGAAAGCGGAGAAAUGGAGGAAUUCUUUGAAGGGGGUUUUCAGUCAAUGAGGAUGAACUAUUACCCUCCAUGUCCUGAACCAGACAAGGUUAUGGGGCUCACUCCUCAUUCUGAUUCUGUAGGCCUCACCAUCCUGCUUCAGAUAAAUGAAGUAGAGGGCCUCCAAAUAAAAAAAGAUGGCAAAUGGAUUCCAGUAAGCCACUCCCAAAUGCCUUCAUCAUCAACAUUGUAGACGUUUUAGAGGUUAAAACAAAUGGAGCGUAUCGUAGCAUCACUCACCGCGCGACAAUUAACUCAGAAAGAGAAAGGCUCUCCAUUGCCACAUUCUAUAACCCAAAGUAUGAUGGGGAAAUAGGUCCAGCAAGAAGCUUGAUCUCUCAGCAAAAACCAGCGUUGUUCAAGAGAUUGGGGGUUGAAGAAUAUUUCAAAGGACUAUUUGCUCGUAGCCUUAACGAAAAGUCUUACCUGGAUACCCUGAGACUGCAACAGGGUUAGACCUGCAGUGAUGUUCAAUGCAAAAUGUGGGUGAGUGAAUUAGAUAUAAUAAUAAAUAAAUGUGAAAAAUGCUGCUAUAUAAGCAUAUACAUUGAAGAGUAAAUCAGGGAUUUUUUU